UCAGCACUCCGAAGCUGAUUUUUGGAGAUCGCGAGAAUUGAUGGGUUAUGGACGUAAACUGCAUUUCUUUCUGUUACUGAAAUGCAACUUAGGCGCUAACUAUGAGGUAAUCAUUUGCUUUUGAUAUUUAAAUCUUCUAGGUAGUUCAAGGAGUUAUGCUGUUCAAGGUCAUAUGGAAGAGGACUCCUUGAGGGCUCUUCAAGCUAAGACUAAUCAAACAGGCAGAUUGUUUUAGGAAGACUUAUAUUUAAUCAUGAUUUGGGGUUUUGCUUCAAAUGGCUCUACUGGAGGCAAUGAUCUGAAGAAUGACAGUUCCAAGCUGAGUCAAGCUCCUUCCGAGUACUCGGAUGAUGAAAUUUCCUUAAACAAUGAUGGUGAAGAAGGAUUGGAAUGCCCAAUUUGCUGGGAAUCCUUUAACAUUGUGGAGAAUGUGCCCUAUGUUUUAUGGUGUGGCCACACCCUCUGUAAGAACUGUGUCCUGGGCCUCCAGUGGGCUGUUUUGAAACUUCCCUCCCUCCCCAUUCAACUUCCGUUUUUCAUUUCUUGCCCUUGGUGCAACUUGCUAUCUUUUAGGUUGGUAUGCAGGGGGAAUCUGAAGUUUCCUCGCAAAAACUUCUUCCUCCUUUGGAUGGUUGAGAGCUUGAAUGGGGAUAGGGCGAAAUCUCACUCUUCCUUUAGUGGGGACCAUCCACCAGUCUGCUGUUCAAACAGAAGCUUUGCCAUGGGAAAUCAAGUUUCCCAUGUAAACCAUCACCAUACUCCACGCGUUCUUCUCUCGGAGCAGAGGGAUCCCAACCGUGAUCCAGGUAGCCUUCUCAGCAGCUAUCUAAAUGCAGAAAGACUGCACUUCUCACUUCGUAAGUCCUUGGCUUUCUUUGUUCACUUGGCCGCCAAAUUACCGCUUGUAGUUGUAUUUCUAGUUGUCGUUUGUUAUGCUAUACCCGCCAGUGCAGCCAUCUUGGCCCUGUACGUUCUCAUCACUGUCUUGUUUGCCCUCCCAUCUUGCCUCGUAUUGUACUUCGCAUACCCCAGUUUGGAUUGGCUGGUCAGGGAAAUCAUCACUUGAAUAACACAAACCAUAUUGCCAACUGCACUCCCAUCUAGAUCCAUUACCCUGCAAUUUGCCGACUUCUUCUUCUACUCUUGGGAACCUGAGCGUAUUUGCCCUCUGAAAGUAUUAUCAGCCUGCAAUCAAGUGCGGAAGCAUUGAUUCCAACAGUGAUUUAAUGCCCAUCUAUGGCUUCUAGUAUUUUUCCUCAAUCAUUCGAUCAAGUACUGGCAUGGAACUCUGCCCAAAUUGCAGAAUAGUUUAUUUAUCAUUCGCAUACUGGAUUUGCUAAUAUGUUCUUCCACACAGCACACUAUGCUUCAAUAUCCAUUCAAUAUUUGCUUCUUA